AUGGUCAGGCUUACAUACUUCCUCACUUCAGCGCUCACCGUCCUCGGUGCUGUGGCUUCCAAUGUCGUCGACCUCAACCCCUCCAACUUCGACGAGAUCGUCCUGAAGUCUGGCAAGCCCGCCCUCGUCGAGUUCUUUGCACCAUGGUGUGGUCACUGCAAGAACCUUGCGCCCGUGUAUGAGGAGCUGGCCGACAGCUACGCCGCUUCCAAGGACAAGGUCACCAUCGCCAAGGUCGAUGCGGAUCAGCACAAGUCCUUGGGCAAGGAUUGGGGCAUUUCGGGUUUCCCGACCAUCAAGUACUUUGAUGGCAAGAGCAAGGAGCCUGUCGACUACAACAGCGGUCGUGACUUGGAGAGUCUGCAAGCAUACAUCACUGAGCGAACCGGCGUCAAAGUCAAGGGCAAGAAGGCUCCGGCGAGCGCCGUGCAGAUGUUGACCGACUCUACUUUCAACUCUUCCAUUGGUGGCGCCAAGGACGCUUUCAUUGCUUUCACCGCCCCGUGGUGCGGACACUGCAAGACUCUCGCUCCCACCUGGGAGAAGCUCGCCGCCGCGUUUGCGUCCGAGACUGGUGUUUUGGUCGGCAAGGUCGACUGCGACUCUCCUGGUUCCAAGGCUACCGCCGAGCAGAUCGGUGUCAAGUCCUACCCAACCAUCAAGUUCUUCCCCAAGGGUUCUACUGAGCCGGAGGCAUACUCUGGUGGUCGCUCCGAGGAUGAUCUUGUCAACUACUUGAACGAGAAGGCUGGAACCUUCCGUCUUCCCGGAGGUGGUCUCAAUACAGUUGCUGGUGUGAUCCCUUCCCUUGACACUGUUGUCAGCAGCCUCAAGAGCGGUGGUGCGUCUGCCUACUCUGAGCUCGAGAAGGCUGCCGGCGCUCUCCAGGACAAGUACGCCGAGUACUACGUCAAGGUCAGCAAGAAGGCUCAGGCCAACGCCGACUAUGUCAACAAGGAGUACACUCGUCUGCAGGGAUUGAUCAAGAAGGGUGGCCUCGCGCCGGAGAAGCUUGACGACCUCGUCAGCCGAAGCAACAUCCUGAGCAAGUUCAAGGGCGACGUCGAGGAGACCAUUGCGUCUAUCAAGGAAGAGCUUUAG